GAUUUCCUCCUGUGUUGUUUUCUCGUGUGGGGUCCGUGGACUGUAAGACGAGACGCUCCACAGGGACGGGAGCAGAUUCGUUUACCGUGGUAGCGAUGAGGAAAUGUCAGUCGUGGAGGUUAGUGAAGUUACUCACCGUGUCCGCUGUGCUCGUCCUGUCGGCUCAGAUCUUAGUCGGUGUCCUGAGUAAAGAGCAGGUAAAGACAAGCCCCCUGCCAGAGCAGGAGCACCGGCUCCUGUCCCCCCACUCAUACCAGUACGUACUCAACCAGCCUCUGUGCAGGGACACCAGCCCCUUCCUGCUCUUCCUGGUCCCAGUUGCUCCACAGGACAAUGCAGCGAGGGAGGCCAUCAGGAAAACAUGGGGAGCUCCAGGUCAGGACACCCUCACUGUCUUCUACAUGGGGGUCCCCGAGGGGGGGCAGGGAUCCAGCCUACAGGACAAGCUGGAGGAGGAGAGCAGGGAACAUGCAGACAUCAUCCAGAUGAACUUCCUGGACAGCUACCAGAACCUGACAAUCAAAACUGUGAUGAUGAUGAAUUGGGCUGCGACCCACUGCCCCAGAGCCUCCUACGUCAUGAAGGUGGACUCAGACAUCUUUGUGAACGUGUUCCACCUCCUGCGGUGGCUGAGGAGCUGCCCACGUCAGGCCUUCAUCACAGGGUCAGUGAUAAACGACGGCAGGCCGAGGAGGGACAUUGACAGUAAGUGGUAUGUGUCAGAGGAGGAGUACCCUGAAGACAGCUUCCCCCCAUAUGUAUCUGGAGCUGGGUAUGUCCUCUCUGCAGACCUGGCCGCCAGGAUCUCCUGGGCCUCAAGGUUCGUACGCAUGAUCUCAAUGGAGGACGUGUACUUGGGGUUGUGUCUGCGUGUGCUGGGGGUCCAGCCUGUGUAUGCCCUCAGCCUGCCCACCCUCAGGAAUCUCUUUGAAAUCAGAGACUUGGAGUAUGACAGGUGCACCUUCGCCAAACUCAUCAUUGUGAACGGGUUCAAGGCGUCAAAGCUGCUGCAGGUCUGGCAGGAUUUCUCCAAAGGACGCAGCAGCUGCUGAGGGUCAACUUUACCAAGUGCUUCACUGUUCAGACACACAUGAGAACUUCAACAAAGUUAAAUAUUAUCAAAUCAGUGUCCUGCUCUUAAGGAAAGAAGCCAUUACACACACACACACACACACAUUAGUGUGGAUGUUCAUGUUCAAGGGUGACAGGGUUGUGGGUAAAGUAGUAUUAUUAUAUUAUGCAAACAUUAUUCAAAUAUUAAAAUGAAACUAUCAGAGAAUAUAUCUUCACUCCAGAGUUAAACCUCAACUCGUUCAUUUACAAUCACUGACGUGUUACCUCAGGCUCAAAGAAAACCUCUCAUGUCGAUCUGCUGCUAGUCUCUUUUCCUAUAAUAUUGUCAAUUCAGUAUCUUAGUGUGGACUGCUGGUUGGACAGAACAGGCAAUUUGGAUACAUUACUUUGGAAACAGUGGUGGACAUUUUCAAGUUAUGUCCAAUUUUCUAAUGCUUACCACUACAUUUGACCUAAUAAUAGAAAAUGCAAACUAGAGCAGCUGGAGAUUGUAUAGAGAUAGAAUGUGCCUUAAUCAGUUUGAGAAAAAUUUCCAUCCCAAAAGCUAUACAAAUAUUCAGUUAACUGUCCCAUAAGAGAAGCAGCAGAAGCUGUAACUGAGAAACAGGAACCAAAGAUUAUGGCUUGAGUGAUCAAAAAAAAAAUAGUUGCAAAUAAUCGACACAUCAACAAUUUUCUGUAUAAUUGAUCAUUUUUUGUUAGCAAGUAAAUGAAAUGUAAUAAGCUGCUUUUUGUGUUUCGUAUCAUCAUAAUGAGUAACUGUUAUUUUAUAAAGAAAAAGGACAUUCAAAAAUGUUUCCAGUGAAUGAACUGAUGAAUUAUUUGCCUUAUAAAACAGGUGAUAAUGUUGGUGCAUAACACUAAUUACUGAGUAAUGCACUCAUAUCCCUGAUGUUAUUGAUUUGUGUACUUGUUAAGCGCCUUGGUUUUAAAAGUUGCUGUGGAAAAAUACUUUAUUCAAACAAUGUGGCAAAUCACCUGCACUGAGAAGCUGAGUAGCUUUACUGACCGCAUGUCAGUUCCAACUUCUUUAUUCAAAGUCAUAUUUAAUAGGUAUUGUGCAGUAGUUACGUCAUUGUAGAGUUGUAAAUAGGACAUCAUGUAGCCUCUGAAUUUAUAAUAUACACCAAAGACUGUUCAAAGGUUGACCUCAUUUUAUUGGCCUUGUCCUCAGUUUGUGCCUGAUGGGUUUGGGCUCCACGUGGACAGUAAUUUACAAAGGGCCACAUUACCCGGCAAAACAUAUUAGAUUUUUAGAUUCAACUUUAUUGUCAUUGCACAGUUCAAGUACAUAUGCAACGAAAUGCAGUCUAGCAUCUAACCAGAAGUGCAAAAAAGGCAGUAAAAGUGCAGAGUAUUGUGCAUGGUGGAAUAUGUAAAGUAAUAGGAAGUACAGUUAGAAAUAUAAAUGGAAUAUGAACAGUAUUAAGAGGUAAGGUAUGAUAUAAGAAUGAUGAAUACACAAUGAGCAAGAUAAAUAUAUAAAUAUGAAUACACUAUAGGUGGGAUAGCUGGGAUAAUACAGUAGUAGAAAAAAAUAACUGGUGCAAAUGUUCAAAUGUGCAAAUCCCUCUAUCUAUCUGUCUGUCUAUCUGUAUAUCUGUAUAUAUCCGUCCAUCUGGGCGUGAAAUAACCCGCAGCAUAUUUUUUGUGUUACUGUGCCUAUUUAUUUACAGUGUCUUAUGACGAAGUGGCUAUUUAUAUAUAUUUGUGCUGUACUUACAAAGGAGAACCAGCUGGUGGCAGUAUGUGUCAACUGCUGAGGUAAACUUAGUACACAUUUUAAAUGCAGAUACACUAUGACCUUUUCACAGAGAUCAUUUCUAGUGCUGGUAUGCAAAAAUGAGCCCUCAGAAAAGCCUAUAAGAGAACUUUUUUAUUUACAUCUUUCACUCAACAGCAGACUGAUCCUGCUCACUUUGUUUUACUAUGCACCGAGAGCCUCUUAGAUUGAUACCUCAGAUUUGUUGUUAUGAAUGAGAAAAUACGCAGCAUCUGACUAUAUGAAUGUUUGAUUAUUAUAGAUUUCUUGCUGGUAAUGUUUUUGCUAUUGUCCACAUGCCAGGAGAAUAUGCUGUUUCCCUCCAGAAUAAAUAAAAUUAUG